AUGCAGCAAUGGCGACAGGAACGGAGUGCCCCUUACGGCAGCCCGCAACCCCAGCAGCAGCAGCAAUAUAUGCAGCAGCAGCAGCAGCGGCUGCUGCCGCAGCAGCAACACUUGUGGGGGCAGCAGCAGCAGCAGCGGGGUAGACAGCAGCAACCACAGCAGCAGCAAAGGUGGCACCAGCAGCAGCAGCAGCAGCAGCACCAGCACCAGCAACAGCAACACCAGAGAACGAGGGAAGAUCUUCGUGUAUUUCCGCUUAGCCCCAGCCAAUCCAGCAGCAGCAACAGCAACAGCAACAGCAGCAGCAGCAGCAGCAGCGGUAGCAGCUGCAGGAAACAUCAUUUCCAGCGGCAUCCGGGGCGGCAACUUACCCAGCAGCAGCAGCAGCAGCGGCAGCAGCAGUUGCUGCUAACAAAAGGAGGGGAAGGCUAUGCUCGAUUUGCUGCUGCUGUGCCGCAGCAGCAGCGCAGCAGCGCCCUUGCAGACUCCUGGCAUCCCCAAACCCCCGACGCCUCCAAGCCUCUCAGCGUGGCGCAGUGGCGGGAAGUGUUGGGCAAAUGGCGGCGGCAGAUUCACAAGUGGACGAACCUGCCUGCUGAGGUGUACACGGAGCUUUCGGCUUUGUCUGUCGCGGAGCAAAUUAAUUUGCUGCAGUCUCUGCCCCCCAGCAAGCUCGACGUCCGCCAGCUGUCUCCUGCAGCAGCAGAAACAGCAGCAGCAGCAGCAGCAUCUGGGGGGGACACAACUGCAGCAGCAGCAGCAGCAACGACACCGCCUUCAGGAGCAUCCCAACAGGCGCCACAGGAGGAGAAAUUCAAGAAAGCGGCAGAGGCGGCGGCGAUGAAGAUGAAGACAAUUAAUAAGGAUGGGCUUGAAGGGUUUGGCCCUCCAUCUGCUGCAUUUGUUCGGGCUCAGCAGCGGAUUGCCGCAGUCUACGGCCCUGCUGCUGCUGCGCUUUCCUGCCUCAAGCCGCAGCAGGAGGAGGAGCAGCAGAAGCAGCAGCAGCAGCAGCAGCAACGUCAGCAGCAGCAACGGCAGCAGCAACUGUUGCAGCGCAUCGGCAAGCUGCGGCUGCAGCAGCUGCCCCUAGAUUUGAAAUUUCGUGUGGAGAACCUGCAGCCUCCCCUUUGGGGUGUUAUCCCCAGCAGCAGCAGCAGCAACAGCAGCAGCAGCAGCAGCAAAUGCUGCAGCAGCGAAACGUUGCAGCUGCUGCAGCAAAAUGCUGCGUUGCUGUUAGCAGCUGGGGGAAGCCUGAACAGCGAUGAGCUGCAGGCUGUUUAUUUAUCUCCUCCACGGACUUCUAGCAAACGACAAAAACGUUUUUAG